CCCUGCUCUCUCAGUUACUGAAAGUGGCCGCCUCUCUACUGUUGUCGACUCUACCCUCAGUCUCUCUCCUUGCUCAGAACCGCCAUUUUGGAGACAGAGAGCUGAGAGUCGGCAGCAGCAGAGACAGAGCGAAAAAGGGGGACACGGGGGACAAGUGUCACAAUUUCCGGAAGUCCAGAUCUUGGAACUAGCAAAGAUGACAUCUUGUUUUCCUAAGUGAGCGCCCCGUUGGGCGCUGGACUGUUUUUGUCUCCCUAUGGCCUCAGAGCAGGAUGGCCUGGGAGACUCGGGCCGCUCGCAGCUGGCCAAGCCGCUCCAUCUGCAGCGCCUGGAGCGCUCACUCCGGCUGGACGCCUUCCUCCGCCACGCCGCCGCCGUGUUCAAUCGAGACAUAUCCAGUGAUGACAGUGAUGAUGGUUUGGGUGAGGGGCCUUCGCUGGCCCCCUCUAACCCUCAUGCCCCCGUGCUGGUGGGAAAGGAGGAGCUUGACUCUGAGGAGUGUGCCAGGGGCUCGGGCUUGGGAGGAGCAGGAACAGAGUGUGGAACUAUCAAUGGAGCUCUGCUGCAGGGUGCGGAACCUGAACACAAAGCUGACAAAGGCAGUCUGUACAACUUCUCCAAGCUGAGGAAGAGCCGGAAAUGGCUAAAGGCCAUCUUGCUAAGUGACGACACCACAGAUUCGGACACGGACUCGGAUGAUUCUGAUUUUUCACUGUCCCGCGAGGAAUUGCAUGACAUGCUGCGGCUGCAUAAGUUCACCAGGUUGCACCAGAGCAAGUUUCAGGCUGACCGUGAGCUGCAACAAUAUCAGUUCUACAGCACAGGGCUUCUGUCCACCCAAGACCCAUUCUAUGAGCAACAGCGCCAUCUACUGGGGCCCAAGAAAAAGAAGAUUAAGGAGGAGAAGAAGUUUAAAGCCAAGUUAAAAAAGUUGAAGAAGAAGAAGAAACGAGGUGAGGAUUACUCCAUGGAGGGCCGGCCAUACGCCACCAAAAUAUUUGCCAAGUUCUCCCAUGAUGCACCUCUGCCCAUGACAAAGAAGAAGCACUUAACAGUCGAGCAAUUCAAUGCUCGUAGGCGAAAGGUCUGGCUCACCAUUGCCAAAAAAGAAAACCCUAAGGCAUUUAAACAGAAAGCCUCAGCGAAGAACUUUGUUUCAACCAAUGCCAAAAAGCUGGCCCACCAGUGCAUGCGGGAGGUGCGGCGGGCUGCUAUCCAGGCCCAGAAGAACUGUAAGGAGACACUGCCCCGGGCACGACGCCUCACCAAGGAGAUGCUGCUCUACUGGAAGAAGUACGAGAAGGUGGAGAAGGAACACCGGAAGCGUGCGGAGAAGGAGGCCCUAGAGCAGCGCAAACUGGACGAGGAGAUGAGAGAGGCCAAGAGGCAGCAGAGGAAGCUGAACUUCCUCAUCACACAGACGGAGCUGUAUGCUCACUUCAUGGGAGGCAAGCAGAGCAUGGCAGGGGGCGACAGCACGCAGGAGCAGAUCCUGCAGCAGCUGGAUGAGAGCUCAGCCCAGCGGCAGAUCGAUGUGGGGGGAGGCGUGAUGGUCAACGUGGGUCCGGAGGACUAUGACAGUGAAUACUACAAAUCUCAGGCCUUGAGGAAUGCAAAAGAAGCCUACCUAAUCCACCAGGCCAGGACGAGGCAGUUUGACGAGGAGGCGAAGGACAGCCGCUGCGCCUCGCUGCACGCCGCCUCCGCCUCGGGCUUCGGCGAGAGCUACAGCCUCUCCAACCCCUCCAUCAGUGCUGGAGAAGACAUCCCACAGCCCACCAUCUUCAACGGCAAGCUUAAGGGCUAUCAGUUGAAAGGCAUGAACUGGCUGGCUAACCUUUAUGAACAGGGCAUCAAUGGCAUCCUGGCAGACGAGAUGGGCCUCGGCAAAACGGUGCAGAGCAUCGCCCUGCUCGCCCACCUGGCGGAGAGGGACAACAUUUGGGGACCCUUCUUGAUCAUAUCUCCGGCCUCGACACUCAACAACUGGCACCAGGAGUUUGCUCGCUUCGUGCCGAAAUUCAAGGUGCUUCCAUACUGGGGCAACCCCCACGACCGCAAAGUAAUCCGAAAGUUCUGGAGUCAGAAAACCCUUUACACCCAGAAUGCCCCCUUCCAUGUGGUGAUCACCAGCUACCAGCUGGUGGUGCAGGACGUGAAGUACUUCCAGCGGGUGAAGUGGCAGUACAUGGUUCUGGACGAGGCCCAGGCUCUGAAGAGCAGCUCCAGUGUGCGGUGGAAGAUCCUGCUUCAGUUCCAGUGCCGCAAUCGACUUCUGCUGACAGGAACACCCAUUCAGAACACAAUGGCUGAGUUGUGGGCCUUGCUUCACUUCAUCAUGCCGACUCUGUUUGACUCUCACGAGGAGUUCAACGAGUGGUUCUCCAAAGACAUCGAGAGCCACGCCGAGAACAAGUCGGCCAUAGAUGAGAACCAGCUGUCCAGACUACACAUGAUUCUGAAGCCGUUCAUGCUUCGCAGGAUAAAGAAGGACGUAGAGAAUGAGCUCUCUGACAAGAUUGAGAUCUUGACGUAUUGCCAGCUGACGAGCAGACAGAGGCUGCUCUACCAGGCUCUGAAGAAUAAGAUCUCCAUCGAGGACCUGCUGCAGUCGUCCAUGGGCACGGCCCAGCAAGCCCACACCACCACCAGCAGCCUCAUGAACCUCGUCAUGCAGUUCCGAAAGGUGUGUAACCACUCCGACCUGUUUGAGCGGCAGGAGACGCGCUCGCCCUUCCACAUGUCUCUGAAGCCCUUCAUCAUGUCAAAGCUCCUCUUCCGGCACGGCCUCCUCCACACCUGCAGCCAGGGAAGAACCAAGCUACUACAGGUUCUGCUCUCCCCUUUCUCACCUCAGCACAUCCAGCAGUCAUUAUUCCACAGAAAAAGUGGCGAUGAGGGCAGCUCUUUCUCAUUCCUCCGCUUCAUCGACGUGACGCCGGCGGAGACGGCAAACAUCAUGCAGCGCGGCACUCUGACCAGAUGGCUAGCACUUUACCUCUCCUUCAAGUCGGCCUACCGGCUCCAUCACCGCCGGCUGUGGGACGAGGACGAAGAGGGCGGGCGCGGAGCAAACCCUGGGUCCCGCUGCCUCUCGAACCGAGACCUCAUCCUGUGGCCGGAUAGGUCCACGUCUUUCCCCAGCACACACACCAGCGCCGCCCUGCAGGACUUGGUCUUCACAGCCCAGAGGCCGUGGCUCUUCUCCCACGCAGACGUGCUGGUCCACGGCCGGCGUUUGCCCACCUCCACUCUCAGGCCCUGCCAGCCCGUCCAGCUUCCCAAGUUCCUCCUUGCAGCUGCACCCAGGGUGACGGCGGUCCCCAUGGAGUGCUACUGCGCGGACCGUAGCGCUGAGUAUGACUGGCGGCGGCUUCGCGACGGCGGGAGUCUCCCCGCUAGACAGUGCUUCCUGUACGGCUUGCCGGAGCUGGCGGUUGCCUGGGCCACGCGCGCCCACUCCUUCCACGCACAGAGCCCCGGCGGCCUGAUGGCUCUCCAGCCCAGACACGGCUGGUCCUUCAUCAGGAUCCCAGACAAAGAGAGCCUGAUCACGGACAGUGGCAAGCUUCACACCCUGGACCUGCUGCUGACGCGUCUCAAGUCCCAGGGCCACCGCGUCCUCAUCUACUCACAGAUGACCCGCAUGAUCGACCUGCUGGAGGAGUACAUGGUGUACCGCAAACAUACCUACAUGCGGCUGGAUGGCUCAUCCAAGAUUUCGGAACGCCGGGACAUGGUAGCGGACUUCCAGAGCCGGACGGAUAUUUUUGUCUUCCUUCUCAGCACAAGAGCGGGAGGUCUUGGGAUUAACCUAACUGCAGCAGAUACGGUGAUUUUCUACGACAGUGACUGGAACCCUACCGUGGACCAGCAGGCCAUGGACAGAGCUCACAGGCUAGGCCAGACCAAGCAGGUCACAGUCUACCGCCUCAUAUGUAAGGGCACUAUUGAGGAGCGUAUCCUGCAGAGAGCCAAGGAGAAGAGUGAGAUUCAAAGAAUGGUGAUCUCAGGUGGCAACUUCAAACCCGACACGCUUAAGCCCAAGGAGGUGGUCAGUCUGCUGCUGGAUGACGAGGAGUUGGAGAAGAAACUGCGCCUGAGGCAGGAGGAGAAACGGCAGCAGGAGGAGAGCAGCAAGGUGAAGGAGCGCAAGAGGAAACGGGAGAAGUACGCUGAGAAGCGGAAAAAGGAGGACGAUGUAGAGGGGAAAAGGAGGAAGGAGGGAGGGACCCUGGUCAUCCCCUAUGCCCCCUCCGCCGACAACUCCAACCUGUCGGCAGACGGCGAGGACUCGUUCAUCAGCGUGGACAUGGACUCGGCCAUGCCCAGCCCCUUCAGCGAGAUCUCCCUGAGCAGCGAGCUGCAGGCAGGCUCCCUCCCGGCCGACGAGAGCAGCAGUGACAUGCUGGUGAUCGUGGAUGAGCCGGCGUCCUCUGCCCCGCAGUCGCGUGCCACCAACUCGCCCGCCUCUGGCACCGGCUCCGUGUCGGACAACAUGAACGGCGUUUCUUCUCAAGACACAGCCAGCCCAGGCAGAGGGAGGUCCGGCCGGAGCCGUGGACGGCCCAAAGGUUCUGGAGGGGCGGGGAAGUGCUCAGGCCGGAAGGGCCGCGGGAGGAAGUCAACAGCAGGCAGUGCAGCAGCCAUGGCUGGAGCAAUGGCAGGGGCAGCGGCCGCCUCAGCUGCUGCGUAUGCUGCGUAUGGCUACAGUGUGUCCAAAGGUAUUGCUGCUUCUGGCCCAUUGCAGCCUUCUCUGGCCCGCUCCUCAGCUGCCACCUUCAUCCCUGUGGGUGCCUCUUCCUCCCAGGCUAAAGGGGGCACCAUGGGCCCCAGCUCGCAGAUGCUGGCACAUGGCAGCUCACACAUCCAUCACACUCCCUCCAAGAGAGGCAAAGGUCCAAGCAGUCAUGGGGGGCGGUAGCAGUGUGUGUGGAGAGGCUUGUUUUGUGCUUCUAGCUUGGCCAGUAAUGUUUGUCUUGGGGCAGGGCUCCCCACAUUUUAAGGGGAUUCCUACCCAACCCAAAACAUUUCACCAGCCCUGCUGUCACUGUGAACCUUUGCUUCGUUUCCCUGGUAUUUAGCAGUGGUCUUAACCCCAUAGAUCAAAGAGGAGAAUCUUAUUUGGGGAAGACUGGAAAUGGCAAGAAUGCUUGAAAUUUGAGGUAAAAUGCAAAUUCCUGUUUAUUUCAAAAAGUUUGUUUGUUAAAUAUAUUUGUUUUGUGAAGGACAAAAUAUUUUUGAGUACUAUGAGUAAGAAACAACCAAUAGCCGUAACACAUGAAAUAUUACGUGCACUGUGAGGUAGUAAAACAGCAUCAGAUGUUCUUGAGAACCCCUGCAAAACUCCAUCAUGCACUGAACAAAGGGCUGCCUAACAUGCUCUCCCCUUUCUGGAAUAGCAGUAAAUUCAGUCACUCUCCCAGUUAACCUUCGGUAUAAGUAAACAACUUGCUCUCCCAUCCAGUUUCAACAGUCUUGACAUUAAAACAGGUGCUGGUGUUUUAGUGAGUAAUAGUAGAAUAUGGAUUCAAAACUUUGCUCCUCUACUUGCACUUAAUCUGAUCCCAGUUAUGAAGGGCAUUGUGCAGUGGAGCAUGCAAAUUGCAGAGCUGUAGGGUAAAAUUUAUUUCAGCCCCUCGAACCGAAGAAGAUAAGACGUUUAUUAUGGACAGCUACAUGGAUUGUGUUCCAGGUUCAAAAUUAGCUAUAUAAAAUGCCAAACAGCCUUCUUUUUGUAAAGUUAUUUGCUGCAAAUUAGAUUUUGCCAUUAAAUACUAAUAUAUAUUUUGACCUGAAAGGAGAAAGAGUUCCAGGUAUUUUGUAGGGAGUGAAAAAAGUGGAGGGGAGCACUGCUUGAAAAUAUCACUACUCUGCUUGCUGUGGGGUCAGUUCUGACUUCAACUUCUCUGAUGGAUGUAAAAUGUAUCAUAGCUUAAGUUAAAAGUUGGUAAUUUAUGAAAUUUGUGCUACCUGUAUAUUGUAUUGAAGCCAUUUAUUUUUUAAAAGAUAAACAUGUUGAAAGUUCGUAAUUUUUGUGGGAUCAGUGAUUUUUGGGGAUUAUUUUGUCUCUAAAUGUGGUAAAAUUGUCCAGUGUUUGUAAAUAAUGCAGUGGAUAUUGCUCAGAGCCCUCCAUAUUUCCCAUAAUGCUUGUCUAUUUUUAUAGGUCACUGUGUACAUACUGGUGAGAGAAAAGUGGUCAUUUUACUAACUUGGAAUAAAUCCAAAAUAAAAAUCAAAAUAAUUUCAAA